AUGCCUGUUCAAAGCACACACCCGGCAGAGAAGCUCUCGAACCUUGUUGAUGAGGAAGUGAAAGCAGUGCUUCUAAAGGCACCAGCCAGGCUUCUGAUAGAGGAUCCGGUUUACCACACACAACUGACCGCUUUGAGAAACGAAUAUCGGUACGCUUACGUUGUUCAAUGGAUAUACCUCCUACGUCAUAUGAUCAAGCUCGAGAUGAGCUUUGAUGUGGAAACUUUUGAGGAAGAGCUACUUGGGAUUGCAAGUCCAGUGUUUACUAACGCAUUCCUGACAAAAAUGGUCCUUUAUUUGGCAAAUUUCAAAUUGGAGAACUUCGAUGGUCAGAUCAAUGACGCGUUGCAACAAGUAUCUGCACGGUAUUACGAAGAGUACGAUUUUAUCGAUUAUCACGGGCUUGACUUAAUUGGAAAAACCGAGCUUUUCUAUAACCUGACGCAACUGACAAUUUUUAAAAGUGCGGAUAAUCUCCGCAAGGGAGUCAAUCAGUACAGUAAGCCACAGCAUGACUUGCGUUUGGAGCCGGUCUUCGGAAUUGUCGAAGACGGAGUCAGGAGUGACUGGUUUGUGAUGGAGGACUCACGGGUUUACUUUCGCAAAUCCGAGUACCCAGAGAUGAUUGUUCCUAAAAACAGAACUGAAGCUAAAAAGAUUAUCGGAAACCCGCUCGAAAGCUUCUCCGACAUAGAGCCUUCUGUGACUGAAUGGAAAUGCGUUACCACGGGAAUUUACCAAUUUGAUGAUUACUUGAAGGAAUUGAAGCAAAAGGCAGGUAAACGGACCUCGUCUACGGAGCACAAGCUUUACACCAACUUAAAAAAUUACAUUGAUCAAGUUGCACAGCACGAUCUAAAAAAGAGACGCCAAGCUUUGCAAAGAAAGCGGGAAAUACAAAUGCAGGCAUUGCUUGCCAACAGGAAGAGAUCGUCACGGCUGGAGGCUAAGGAACGGCAGAAGCACGAGGAAGAUGAAAAGAAACGAGAAGAGGAAGAGUCAUUAGUCGCACGGAGUGCCGAGCUACGCGUGCAGAAACGGCAACGUAUCCACGAACAGGUGUAUCAAGAGUCUCGAUCUCAAAGAUUACAGCGCCGGCACCGGGAGGCUGAUGACGAAACUAAAACGGGCAGUGACCAGGGGAACAAUUCUGGGGCGGAGUUCAAUAAGAUAGAAGGCUCAACUAUAACGCCGCAGCAAGAAGAAAGGGAAAGCACAAUAGAAGAGCAAACAGAAAGUGAUGUGCAAGCCGUGAAUUAUCCAAAUUUGGAACCCCAAUCUGUUCUCGGCCAGGAACCUUGUUAG